GCGUCACAGAGGCCGGGGCGCAUGCGCAGAAGCCGGACGAUGAAGGUGGCGGUGGCCGGUUGCUGCCAUGGGGCGCUGGAUAAGAUGUACGAGACCCUCCAGCUGCUGGAGCAGCGCCACAGCCACGCGCGUCCGGACUUGCUCCUCUGCGCCGGAGACUUCCAGGCUGUCCGCAACGCGGAUGACCUGCGCUGCAUGGCGGUAUCCCAGAAGUACCGCCGCCUGGGCGGCUUUGCGCGGUAUUAUUCUGGAGAGAAGAAGGCCCCUGUCCUGACGAUCUUUAUUGGGGGCAAUCAUGAAGCUUCCAACCACUUACAAGAAUUGCCGUAUGGAGGCUGGGUGGCACCGAACAUCUACUACCUUGGUUAUGCUGGGGUCGUGAAGUAUCGUGGGGUGAGAAUAGGUGGGCUCUCUGGAAUUUUCAAAUCUCAUGACUACAGAAAAGGCCACUUUGAGUGCCCACCGUACAACCAGGAUACACUAAGGAGUGUCUACCACGUGAGGAGUAUUGAAGUCUUUAAGCUCAAACAGCUGAAGCAGCCCAUGGAUGUGUUUAUGUCCCACGACUGGCCGAGAAGCAUCUACCACUACGGAAACAAGAAACUGCUGCUGAAAAGGAAAUCUUUCUUCCGCCAAGAAGUGGAAAGCAAUACCCUGGGGAGUCCUGCUGCUUCGGAACUGCUGCAGCACCUGCAGCCCACGUACUGGUUCUCCGCCCACCUCCAUGUGAAGUUUGCUGCUUUAAUGCAACACCAGGCCAAUGGCAGCAGGCAGGAACCAAAAGUAACAAAAUUUCUGGCCCUGGAUAAAUGUCUGCCGCACAGAGACUUCCUACAGAUCAUAGAAAUCGAGCACGACCCCAACGCACCCGACACCCUGGAGUAUGACCCUGAAUGGAUUGCGGUUCUCAAAGCAACCAACGAUCUCAUCAACGUUUCUCCAAACUUGUGGAAUAUGCCUGAGAACAAUGGACUUCAUGCAAAAUGGGACUACAGUGUUUCAGAAGAAGAUAUCAAGGGAGUUUUGGAAGAGGCGAACAAUGACCUUCAGAUUCCUCAGAACUUCAGUGCGACAGUAGCUUGCUAUGACACAGACAAAGCCCAGCAACGCACAGGGCCAGUUCAUAGAAUCAAUCCCCAGACUACGGAGUUCUGUGCCCGGUUUGGCCUCAUGGACAUUAAUGAUCGAAUCCAGCAAUUCAGAGAGGAGUCACGGGAGCACAAAGGCACCGAGGAAGAGGAGGAGGAGGAGGAGGAAGACAGUACUGGAUCAGCAGAGGAGCCCAGUGACUAUAGCAUAGACGUUUCUGGGAUGUCGGCAUCGAUCAACCCUGAUGAAAUCAUCCUGGAUGAGGACAGUGAUGAGGAAGAUCCAGAUACCUGCUCAGUGGACCCUUCACCUGAUCACCCUUCCGACACCUCCACAACUUCUUCCGAUGUCAGGAUCAUGCCAGAUUCCGUUACUGUAUCGCCCAGCGAUGCGGUGGACAUUGCAAACGAUGAACCGGAGAAAUCCAGUGAUGGAAACCAGACGGAAGAGCAAAGCCCUGACGAGAAGCCCAUGAAGCGGAUAAGUGGCGAAAACGAGGAAGGUAGUAGCGGCACAAAGAAAAUUAAAAGGCGGAACCAGGCCAUCUACGCUUCCAAAGAUGAAGACGAAGAUGUGGAAUGAGAAACCUUUUGAUGGCAUCGCAUUAACUGCUGCACACUUCAAGUCUUCAGUGGCGUGUUGGGAUUCUUGCAAUACUAUAUGGUGUUGAUAUUUUAACUGUCCCAGCAAACUCUCUAUUUUAAAAAUAGCUUUUAUAAUAUCACAUAUAUUUUUACGGGGACAAGUACUAGUUUGGUAUAGAAUGCACUAUAGACUUCUGCUAAUCAGAUGCUAACGCAGCACUGCUGUUGCAAGAAAAGGAGAGGAUCUUCGCAUUUUAGUAAAUGUUGGAAAUGAGGGUUUUUGUUUUUAAAUUUGGUGGAGCAAAUUCAAAGUGAUUCAACUUCUUUGACACUUCGGCUUUCUCACACACAAACAUACACACCCCACAGCAGAACCUAGAUCUCACAUGCCAUUCCUUUUGUCUUGACAAAUAUUAUGAGGUCAUGAUUCUUAUGUGGCCUUUUCCCUAGUCCUUUCCCUUACCAGUGGUGACAAUUAUAUGCCUUUUCAGCUUUAGGAACUGUCCAAUGUGGGGCAUGCUAGUUGUUUCCAGUGCGGAGGGUACAUCCAAAAGAAUAUUUACCAUGUAAAAUUGGGAAAUUAAAAAUCUUAUAAUGAGUGUAGGUACAGGCUGCUCAAUUUAGGCCUCCCAGCUGUUUUGGGACCACAACUCCCAUAAUCCUCAGCCACAGUGGCCAAUAGCCAACAUCUGCAGGAGGCCAAUAUCUGCAGGAGGGCCGAAGCUGAGCAGCCCUGGCUGUAGCAUGUCAGAUGUGAAACUGGAAUUUGGGGGUUACUUCAUGCCAUAGUUUCCCAAGAAGCUCUCUGUGUGUGUAAAUAAACAAAUUCUUUUUUUUUUAAAAGGGC